UUCCGCUGAGAUCAGAAAAGGAAACGCUACCAAUGAAAUAAUAUUGGAAUUGAGAUUUUUGAGUGAAUACAAUAAAAUUUAUGUACUUUUCAGUAAAAUGGAUUGGCAAUUAACUUGUCGAGUUUGUUUAGAAACCGGUGAUAUGGUUUCUAUUUUUGAUUGGGACGAAAACAAUGAACAACUAAGCGAUAAAUACACGUUUUGUUGUGGCGUAGAGGUUUCUAAAAACGACACUUUGCCAACACUUAUCUGUUUGAAUUGUGUGGAUCGACUUACAUUUGCAUAUCAAUUUAAGCAACAAUGUUUAUCUUCUAAUGAUACCCUGAAAGAAUGUUUGGAAGAAUUCAAACAGAGCUCUGCGGCCGCUUCUGCUACAAAAGCCUCGAAAGUUGUCGAUGUUGAAACGAUUACAAUAAAGCAAGAAAAUGGCUUGCUUCUUCAAUAUGAGCUGCCUGUCGAACACGAUCCUCAAGUACAAUGGUCUCGCGCUUCAUCCACCAGGCACUCGAGUAAAUCUAAAAAGAGAGGACGUCCUAGGAAGUAUGUCGAUGAACAAGGGUUGUCAUUGUACCGACGAAAGAAGGCAAAACAGUCGAAAGAAAAAGAUCCUGAAGAGUUGACCACUAUGAUAACCAAUGCUACCAUUGAUAUGAAAGAAGAGCCUGUUGAUGAAGAAGAGCCUUUUGGAGGUGAUUUUGCUGAUAAUGACCCUGAUUAUGCACCAGAUGAUGUUGAUGAAAAAAUUGAAACUGAAGCUGAAGUAGAACCAGAAAAAUCACAGUCUCCACCCAAGAAACGUGGCCGCAGACGUAAGUCAGAGUCUAAAUCAAAGCCCAAAGAGACUGUAAAGGAAGAUGAUGGAGAAGAUGUAUUACUCAAGGAAACGAUCUUGGCAUUCUCAGAGCCCAUACCGGAGCACAUCCUUAAUCCAAAACCGAAGAAGAGAUAUACUAGCUCUAAGAAGAAAUAUGUUUAUGAGAAGACACAUACCUGUGAGACAUGCGGAACAUCGUUCACUUCAAACUCAGCACUGCAGACGCACAUACGAAGACAUUUAGGCAUCAAGCCAUUUGUAUGUAGUGUUUGUGGUUUCGCGUGUGUUAUGAAAGAACCGCUGAAACGUCAUAUGUUACGUCAUACUGGAGAGCGCCCGUACAAAUGCCGAAUAUGUGAACGUCGAUUCGGAGAUUAUGGUACUAGACAAAAACAUGAACGAUUACACAUGGGAAUCCGACCAUACCAAUGCACAUUAUGUGGUAAAUCAUUCACAUACUCUUAUGUUCUGGCUAACCAUAUGCUAACACAUACUGGAGAGAAAAAAUAUUCUUGUGGUCCAUGCAAUAAGAAGUUCACCAAAGCUCACCACCUGAAGUACCAUAACAAAGUCCACCACAAGGAGCUAUAUAUGCAGCAACAGAUGGAGCUUGAGGCCAAGAGAAUGAGACAACAGAUGAACAUAACUAGCCUAGGCGGUGUUGCUGGACAGGUCAUUGAUGGGUCCUUGCAGCUCAUACAAACUACUGAUGAUGCUGAGGAAACCCAGAUGCAAAUUGUGCAAGAUGAUGAUAAAGAAACGAAUCGUGCUGUAGCAGGCAUGCAAGGGGUGGUCCUGGAUAAUGAUUUUUGUAUUCAAGAUGAAUGCGUCAUUAACGGCCAUUCUGUUUUUAUGGGAUUUCUUUUGAGGGUUCCAUAUGGUCGGUUCAUUUUGCAGGAGUUCAAUGAACUCCAUCACCUUGGUUUGUUCCAAUCCAUGAUGAAGAAAAUGGAUUGGCAAUCAACGUGUCGUGUAUGUCUAGAAAGUGGAGAAGCCGUGUCUCUAUUUGAUUUAGAUGAAAACGACCAACAGUUCAGUGAAAAAUACAAAUUUUGCUGCAGCAUAGAGAUUAACGAAGACGAUCUAUUACCUACGUUAAUAUGCUUAAAUUGUGUGGACAAGUUAAUAAAUGCAUAUGAAUUCAAGCAACAAUGUCUUACAUCGAACCAAAUGCUUCAAGAGUGCGUAGAGGAGUACAAAAAGUCUGUAGAUUCUGCAGAAGAGAACAUGAAAGAUGAGUUAGAUGAUCUAAGCACAAAACAAGAGAAUGGUAUCCUGUAUCAAUAUGAACUACCGAUAGAACAGGACAGUGAUGGCCAGUGGACUCGGACACUAGUGAAGACUCCCAGUAGUUCAGUUGUGACCAAAGCCUUGGGUCCAAGAAAGAGAGGGCGACCAAGGAAAUAUCCUAAUGAACAAGGACAAAUUGAUGUUUCACCAUAUCAGCGGAAGAAACCCAAACCACAUAAUCCUGAACCUGAGGCAAUAACAACUAUGAUAGCAAAAGGCUCUUUGAACAUAAAAGAAGAACCUUUCGAAGAGGAAGAAGACCUGUUCACUGAAAAUUCAAACGAUUGUGAUGAUCCAGAUUUUGACCCAAAUACAGCACCUGAGUCUCUCCUUGAAAAGCCACCCGCACACAAAAAAUACGGCCGAGCACGCAGAACGCAAGGCUCUCCGAACGAGGAUCUGUUGUUGAGCGAGACCAUAUCGGCGAAUACGCAGCCUCUGUCUGAAGACGUCACGGAGCCCCGGAAGAAACCGGCUCCGAGAAAAAAAUACGUUUACGGAAAGACACAUAAGUGCGAGACGUGCGGCAGCUCGUUCACAUCCAACGCGUCGCUGCAAGCGCACGUGCGGAGACACCUCGGGAUCAAACCCUUCGUCUGCAGCGUGUGCGGGUACGCGUGCGUGCUGCGCAUGGAGUUGCGGCGCCACAUGAUGCGGCACACGGGCGUGCGCCCCUACAAGUGCCGCGUGUGCGACCGCAGGUUCGGCGACUUCGGCAGCAGGCAGAAGCACGAGAGGUUGCACUUGGGCAUCAGACCGUACGAGUGUCCGCAGUGCGGCAAGUCGUUCACGUACUCAUACGUGCUCACGAACCACCUGCUCACCCACACCGGCGAGAAGAAUUUUGCAUGUGAACCAUGCAACAAGAAGUUCACGAAGGCUCACCACCUGAAGUACCACAACAAGGUCCACCACAAGGAGCUGUACUUGCAGCAACAGAUGGAGCUCGAGGCCAAGAGGACGAGACAGCAGAUGAACAUCAGUGGCCUCUCGGAGGUGCUGUCAGGGAAGAUUGUCGAUGGGAAACUGCUCAUCUCUGGGAACUCGCUGAAUGAAGGUCAAGAGACGCUGAUUAUUGAGGAGGAGAACGUCGACGGAGACAUCAAGGAGACCGGACGAGCGGUCGCCGACAUGCAGGUCACUGUCGUGUUGGACGAAGACUUUUAUUUAGAACAAACAAAUUAGAAGGAAAGAAAUAUUUGUAUACUAUUAAAUUAUAUUUAAGUAAAGAUUCGAAGA